CCCCCCCAUGUACCUCAAAGAUCACAUCGAUGAAUGAAAACCAUCUCCGGACCCUCACUUGGUGUCUCCUGACCUCCCGGUACCGGCAGCCAUCGGCCUUUGGUGACAGCUGUCCCUGAAGCUCCUGAAGAUGUAACGUUUCCUCAGGUUUUACAGCAAGAAGAAACCAAACUGCUGGUGGAGAAGCAGGAGAAAAAGGAGCCAGAGAGCUGCAGUCUGGAUGUGAAGGUGGAGGUUAACAUCAGCACCGGCUGUGGAGGUUUCUCCUCUGCUGAGGAACCAGGUGAGGAAGCUCCUCCCUGUGAUCCGAUGGACACCGGUACCAGUGUCCACCUGUCCUCCUCCCGGUCCUCUCCGUCUCCCACUGAUGCCACCAUAGAUCUGACCUUCAGACCUGCAGCUAAGCGACAGUCGGUCCACCCUCUGUGUAACAGCUUCGCUCGCAGCCCUGGGACGGUUUACAGGGAGUUCACUGAAAUCCUCCCAGGCGGCGAUCUGAAGCCAAAUAUGCAGGCAGAUGAAACCACAAACGACGACCUUCAUCCCUCCAACCUGGCUGCUGCUGUGAAGUCAGAGGAGCCCAGCUCUGACCUCAGCCUGGACCUGGACCUGGCCUGGAUGCAGGAGCGGGUCGGCCAUCUUGGGGCGGCGUAUGCGGUCGCUCAGCUGGGCUUGGGGAACACAAACUCUGGACACGCUUCCUCCUCUUUUCCAUCGCAGCGAGAAGGAGACGCCACAGAUGGCCCCCUGGCCGUCACAGGGGCCCCUCAUGAAGUGUCUGCGUUUGCCUCCUCCUUUGACAUGGCUGCUGUAGCUGCUGCUGCCGUCAUCGCCGCUCCACGUCCUCCUCCACCCGCCUCCUCUGUAAGGACACCCAGCCAGAGGCGGCCUCCCAGGAACGGAGCUGCUUUUUCCAAAGAGCUGCAGAUGUGCUCCGUUUGUCGGCUAGUCUUCCCAAACACUGCAGCGCUGGAGCAGCAUCAGCAGGUGCACACGGGGGAGAGGCCUUACACCUGCCCCCAGUGUGGGAAAGGCUUCGCACAGCCUAACAACCUGAGAGUCCACCUGCUGGUCCACACCGGAGAGAGACGCUAUCGCUGCACUCUGUGUGGGAAGAGCUUCAUCUCUUCAAGUCACCUGAAGAGGCACCGCACCGUCCACACCCAGGAGAAGCCCUACAGCUGCUCGCGCUGCGGACAGUCCUUCAGCCAGAUGUGCAGCGUCCGCAGACACCGGCAGCAGUCUCAGUGCGGCAUGUAGACCGCCUGCACUUCAAGCAGACUCUAAGGGGUUAAAGUCCUACUUGUCUUCAACUGACAGCUUUAGACUUUCCUCUGCUAGACCAUUACAUGGGUUUCAGUGUUUUCACAGGCGUUGAACAAACGGUUUGAAGGACGGUAAUUCUAGACUUAAAGACUUUUUGUUCAUAUUUUAAAUGGACAAAGUGAAGAGAUGAUCGUCUUUUUAUGGUAUUAAAGUAAGAUUUCUUCAUGGGUCAGAUACUCACACAAUAUAUCAAAGGCAUCAAAAAUAAAAACUUGUGA